AUGAUGCUGAUAGAUUUAGCUAAUAUUCUUCGUAAAGCCAAUCUCACUGUCGUCGAAGUUGACGGUUGGAAGACACGUGGCCAUGGUGAGAUGAAUUCUGUAAAAAGUAUUAUCCUUCAUCACACGGCUGGCCCAGCAACUGGUGAUUUUCCGUCAUUAAACAUUGUUCGAGAUGGUCGACCAGAUCUUACUGGUCCACUUGCACAACUUGGAUUAGGUCGUACUGGUUCAUGGGAUGGCAUUGCAGCAGGUCGUUGUUGUCAUGCGGGUAAAACAGUCGAUG